AUGACCGCCAAGCGUCCGGAAAAAUUUCUCCAGUUAACGAAAAUCAUCCUUCAUGGUUUCAAGGUUUUCGGUCUCGCCCCAUUUUCCGUUCAAGCUAAAAAUUUGUUUGCAAACUUUGGCAAGCCUGUGUGCAUCUGGGCCUUCAGUUUCUCCAAAAUCGGACUGGUUUAUAAUCUCCUACUGGCAAUUUUGAUUCCAAUUGCAAAUGUGCUGUUAGUUCCAAAGUAUUUGGUUGCGGAUUAUGAAGAAAAAUUUCAGCUGAGAUUAUCCUGUGACAUCGCGUGGAGCAUCGUCGCGAUUUCAACAGUUUGGGUUGUUAUUGUUUCCUGGACUUUUAAGCAGAACAAUGCUGUAAUUAUUAUGAAUAGACUUAUCGAUACCGACUUUAGACUUUCUCUGAAGAAAGGGCCAAAUAUUACAGAGGCGGAAUUUUACCGAGUUAACAAUAUGCUAUUAAAGUGCAAGGAUUUUCACUACCUUUCAUCCGCCAUACCUUUUCUCAGCAGCGAAUCAGAGAUAUCGGAUUUGUCAACUCACAAUCAGUUGUCAGCUCUUCGAUCACUUCUCAGCAUUCAUUUACCGUUUUUGGUGGCUCGUGUUGCUAAAGAGAUAUUUUUAACAUUUGUCAUUGCUUAUCCCGUCAUUCUUCUUGUGUACAACGUUCCAAAAACUGUAAACGAGGCAAAGCGAACUGGUCUGGUAAUUCACAAGCUGAUGGACGCAACAGCGAUACCGGUAAUCAAGGCAGAGCUCACCGAAUUCUCUCUCCGGAUACUACACGAAGAAUUGAAUUUCACAGCGUAUGGUUUCUUUCGGUUGGACUUUACGCUCUUACAUUCGAUGUUAGCAGCGUUGGUAACCUACCUUGUUAUUCUGGUCCAGUACUCUGGGUAG